CAAGGCAGGAGGCCUUGUGGAGAAACCUAAUCGCCCAUCUAUUCUUCCUUAGACUCAAUCUCACCUUUAGUCUCACUCCACUCGUCUCCUUCUUCGUUCCCCAUAAAAAGCCACUUCUCUUCUCUUCUCUUCUCGCUAUGGUGGUUAUCGAGCAAACUUCCAAACUGAGUUUCGGUAACGUCCCAUUUAUUCCUAACAUCCUCUUUUUUGCUCCUUGAAGCUCCGCCAUCGAAGAUGAUGUGGGUUGUGUGGCUGUUACGAGCUGGGUGGGCUGCGGCGAUUCUGCCUCAGGUCAUCGCGAUCAUUCCCUGGCAGAAACUCAAUGCGUUUCGACGAUUGAUCGUCGGAUUUGCUAACCGGGGGAAAGUUCCGCCGUCGUCUUCGAGGAAAUUCAGUGUCCCACAGAAACUCUUCACUCACUUUUACAUAGUCGGGUUCUUCUGGACUACCUUUUUACUUGCUGCCACAUGGCAUUAUGCGUACAAAACAUCCUCACUUGUUCUCGACCCAUCAAGCGUCGCUAGCCACAUUACUGGAGGUUCAAAUGGGCUUCCCUUGCAUCAAUCUCGUUCUUCAUCAAGUGAACACAGAUAUAGCAUAUGGAAAUCUGUGUUUUUGCUUUUCUUGAUGGAAACACAUGUGUUGCGACGCCUCCUUGAGAGUAUAUAUGUGUUCAAGUACAGCCCAUCAGCUCGAAUGCAUGUAGCGGGCUAUUUUGUAGGCAUCAGCUUUUAUAUAGCAGCUCCACUAUCCCUUUUGAGCAUGCAUGCCUUGGAGGUGCUCAACUACGUGGCAAAUUUAUUUUCAGAAUUUGUUGGUAAGGGGAAAGACACAAUACAAGAAACAGAAGUAGAUGUUGUGGGACUUGUGAAUCCUCUUUCGCAAUUCGAAUGGUAUGUUUGGAUUGGCACAGCUAUAUUUUUCUGGGGUUGGAUUCAUCAGCGCCGUUGCCAUGCCAUUCUUGGUUCUUUAAGGAAGAAAGGUGUAAAACCUGAUGCAUAUGUAAUCCCUCUUGGCGACUGGUUUGAAUAUGUUUCAUCUCCGCAUUAUUUUGCAGAAAUUGUCUUGUAUGCUGGGCUGGUAGUUGCUAGUGGAUUUACUGAUAUUACAAUUUGGUUACUCUUCUUAUUUGUGGUGUGUAACCUUAGCUUUGCUGCUGUGGAGACGCACAAGUGGUACAUUCAGAAAUUUGAAGACUACCCGACAAAGCGUCGAGCAAUUAUCCCUUUUAUUCUCUAAUUCCGAAACAGAGUGAGGAUGUAGUGUUAAAACUGUUUAACCAAAGGGGAGUGCCUUGGUGCAGCUACAAUAUGCAGGUCUUAUUCUUAUUGAAGGAAAAUAAUGCUUGUGUUGAACGGUUUUUUCGGCGUAGCAACAAAUAAAAGAAAAAGCGCAGGAACACGAACACGACACAGCUCAACACAGACAGGUGUAUUCUGUUGUUGUAUUAUGUAAUGACAUGUAAUAUGAAAACAAGGGGGAUUUUUCACAAUCUCAUUUCCUUCCUAUUCCAGCUAAAAUGGAGGGAUUUCUAUUUCUAUUGCUUUGAUGAUUAAAGUGUGUGUGUCUGCUGGUGUAUCCUAAGACUCAGUAAAGCAAUGGA